AUGAGUGUUGAAAACCCAUCAAAACAAAAUAUUAAAGAUUUUCCUUUCCUUGAACCAAGGCCUAAAAAUUCAAUUAUUGACACUACAAGUAGCGCCUUUGCUCAAUCAAAAAUUCGUUCUGAAAUGGCUCAUGUUAAUAAAGAUCAAAACACUUCACCAAAACCAAAAUCACCAUUAAAUGGCUCUCCUAGAACUUCAUCUGAAGUUACGUAUCGCCAAUAUGACAACCGUACUGAAUUAACAAAUCAUAGUGAUCCAGCUAGACCACCCAAAAUUGCUGCUAGUGCUGUGAGAGAUUUCGAUAAUAUCAAUGCAAUAACGAAAACACCAAGAAAAGUCAGAAUUUCAACACAAUUAAACUUUCUUGAUCUUCGAAUUUCUAAUAAAUCACUCUUAACUCUUAUUGGUACACUCGAGUCCACUGUUAAAGAACAAUCUGAUAAACUUUCAACAAUACCAUCAUUUGAAGCAAUGGUAGAGACACAACAAAAACAAUUUGAACAUCUUAAUAAAGUUGAAGAACUAAUAACCACAUUAACGACUAAAAUGAAUGAACAAGAUAAUGAAAUCAAAACUAUAAAAAAUCAAGCACGAACUACAUUAUUUUACGAUCCAAAAUCUCUUCCAUUAAAAUCUCUUCCACAUAUUAUUUUUGACAGAGCACGUGAUGAUGUUACGAUUCUCUUCUCAGUGGUGAUAUCAUUACUUUAUACAGUUUAUAUAUUUCCUGUUAUUGUAAUAGCAAAAACAACCAUACAAAUAGCUGAUAAAUCCAGAGAAAGAUUUCAGGGAAUAGAAAAAUCAAGUUAA